AUGAAUCCGUUCGUAGAAGCGCCCGAGAGGCAGUUCGACCCGGAGUCGUACAUCCACACGUCCACGGGCAACAAGAUCAGUCGCAGUUGCACAUUAUGUGGCGCUCAGAACAUCCACCUCCGCGGCAAAACAAUUAUUGAUCCGGGCACAGUUGUCCGGGCAGAUUUGGCCCGAAUCUCGCUCGGGAAGCAGUGUAUUAUCCGGGAAAAGUGCAUUGUGAAGCCAUCGUCCAGGGUCUUGUCCACGGGGCUCGCCUUUAUCCCUAUCAAGGUGGGAAACUAUGUGUACAUUGGGGAACAUUCAGUGGUGGAAGCUGCAAUGAUUGGAUCCUACGUGCAGAUUGGCAAGAACUGCGUCAUUGGCAAGCGGGCUAUCAUUCGAGACUGUUGUCGGAUCGAAGACAAUACGGUUGUACCUGCUGACGCAGUUAUUCCGCCGUUUUCGAGGAUUAGCGGUAUUCCAGGAAAAGUGGUCGAGGACAUGUCGGAAGCUACCCAGGAAUUGUGCAUCGGACAAAUUAGCCGAUACUUUGACAACUUUACACCGCGGCAAGCUUAG